AUGGCUGAAGCUCGCCGACGCCCGCCGGCGGUGGGCGCAACUGUCCAAAACGACGAGGGUAUGGAAGUAUCAGAGUCAUGUUCGACGAUGAUGGACGUUGAAGCCAUCCGCGAGAAGCUCCGUCAGCGAUGGGAGUUGGCCUCAGUUCUCAACUUCCUCCACGUAUUUGAGCCAGUUAUUGAGAGUGAUCUGAAGAUAACCGCCGAAGAUGUUGAAACAGCACUUAUUGAGCAGAAUGAUACACUUGCUAAGAUUCAUAUAGCUCUUUUGAAGGGAAUUGUCUCGGAGAGAAAAACACUGACGAGCUCUGGUGAUUGGAUAGUCACUCUCAGCAGGACACUUUCAGCAUGGUGGCCUUGGGUUGCCACUGGAGAGUUCCCUUUAAAUGGAGCCAAAGGGAAGGAGAUAUCUGUCUAUAGGGAUCUUGAAGCAACAACCCGCCUUCUAAUACUCAAAGCUCUUUGCGAAGUUCGAGUUGAUCAAUACGAUUCAGGGUCUUAUGUCAACGAGGCAAUGAAAGAAAAUUGUGAUAUCUCAAAUUUUCGAAAGUACAAGCUUGCUGAUGAUGGAAAUGGAAUUUACUUCUGGUAUGACGGAAGUGAAACAAUUGGUCACAGAUUAUAUAAAGAAGUUAAAGUCUUUCAAAAUGAGGGUUUUGGCAAGGGUACUGUGCAAGUAAUCCUCUCUCAAUGGGAGACCCUUGCGACAAAUCUCGAAGAAUUCAAAAAGAUAGUGAGUGAUUUUUCAUCUAGUGGGGUUGCAUUGGAGAUUGCAGUCAGCAACCGUCUUAACGUUGAUGUUAUUCCAGUUCUUGAAAGGCAAUGGAAGAAAAAAAAGAGGGCAAUGCACCAGAAGCAAAGAGAACAGAUGCUCCUGAAUGGUUUUCGAAGUUCGCGGUUAACUCGAUCUUCCCAUAAUCAGAAGACUGUUGAUUAUAGAUUUGAUAGUUAUGACAGAUCCAUUUCAGAGGCCAUACAAUAUGCAAACAAAAGGAAGACGGGGGCGGAGAAAACACAAGAUGAGAAACUGAACCCGAGAAAAAAGGGAACUGCCUCAAACGAAUUCAACAAUUCUGGCACUACUUCAUUUGAUGGUGAAUCCGAUGACAGCAACACCUGCAGAAAUAUUCAUCGAGGGGAAGACAGUUCUGACGAGUCCAGCCAUGAUGAAUAUGACAAUGAAAAGGAAGAACAUGACAAUGGUGACAUCACUGACCAGAAAAAUGUCCACUCCGAAAAACAAAUCAAGCAGAUAGUCAAAGGGCCCAGGGGAUCCCAUUUCAGCAAGAGGCUAGCUGGGAUUCCUGCCCACACCAUCUCGGAAAGCAUCAACUUGGGUGCGAAAAAAAGGCUGAGGCAAAGGCCUUCCGUGAAUACUGCUCUUGAGCCUGCUGUGGUUCCUGAUUCAGAAGACGAAAGCUUAUGA